UUUCAUGUUCUUAUGCUAUCAUUCUUUAGAAUUGCAUGUGUUCGUAUUGCUUCUAUAACCUUAAUAUUUAUCAUUUGAUGAAUUUAUUUAUUUCAAAUUGAGAUUCUAACAUAGUAGGAGAUGAACAUGAAUAUAAGCCAGUAGGAGAUGUAUCAUCAAAGUUAACUACAGUGACACAUGCAAUGAAAUUAUGGGCUUUUUGUUUCACUAGGAUGUAUACCCACUAAAAAAAUCCAACUUGUACAUGAGACUUUAUUUUCUUAAAUUUUUCAUAUUAUUGUUUCAUUAUUUUGCUGAAUUAUCCUUUUAUUUUGUUAUGUCAAUACAUGAAAAGUUAGAAUACCAGUUACUUGUGUGAUUGCCAUGACCUUAGUUUGGACAAAUCUUACGAGUAAGGAAAUAGACAAUUCCUUACUUGCUGGAUGAAAACCGAGCAAAAUUAGUGAAGGUCAUGCUUUAUGCUGCUGGUGCUUUAAUUAGUUCCAAUGACUGAAAGGACACCCAUAAAUAUUGUAAUUGUUUAAUUGAGUUGUAUAUAUUUCAAUACAAAUAGUAAAGCUGGAUCCCUCCUUUCUCCCUAUUUGAUUUUGUGUACAUGUGAUGUUUUUUUUUAAUGGCUUGUCCAUGGUGUGGACUAUGGUUAUCUUAUUCAUUCAGGUUCAACCCAACCAAGUGUGGUGUGAGGAAGAGGUAAAAAGUAACAAAGAGGUGAAAGAGAAAGGAAGAGAUGUCUAGGACGCUAGUGCAGCCAAUAGGACAGAAGAGGCUAACAAAUGUGGCAGUGGUGCGUCUGAAGAAACAUGGCAUGCGCUUCGAAAUCGCUUGCUACCCUAACACCGUCCUCUCUUGGCGUUCUGGCGUGGAAAAGGACCUGGAUGAAGUGCUGCAGUCCCACACUGUUUAUACCAAUGUUUCCAAAGGGGUUCUCGCCAAGUCCAAGGAUUUAAUUGCAGCUUUUGGCACCGAUGACCACUCCAAGAUUUGCUUAGAUAUUUUAAAGAAAGGGGAGCUUCAGGUAGCUGGGAAAGAGAGGGAAUCAUUGUUAUCGAGUCAGUUCAGGGAUAUUGCGACCAUCGUGAUGCACAAGACUUACAAUCCCGAGACUCAGCGUCCAUACACUAUCAGUAUGAUUGAACGCCUCAUGCGGGAAAUCCAUUUUGCUGUUGAUCCACACAGCACCUCCAAGAAGCAGGCUCUGGAGUUAAUUCAAGAACUUCAGAAGCACUUCCCUAUAAAACGGUGUCCGUUGAGAAUACGUGCUACUGCUCCUGAUGACCAAGUGCCUGAACUUUUAGGAAAGCUGAAUGAAUGGAAUGCUAUUGUUAUUUCUAAAGAAGGAUCUUCUGCUCAGUUAUCCGUUAUUUUUGAAUUGGAACCUGGUCUAUAUAAGGAUUGUCAUGACUUUGUUAUGAAUAAGAUGCAUGGAAGAUUUGAAGUUCUUGCACACUCUCUUUAUGUGGAGGGGGAUACCCAAGUGGAGCAAUACAAUGAUUAUGAGGAUAUACCUGAAGCCUUGCCCAAAGAACCUUAUGAUUCUGUGCUUCAAUUGAAUGAGAAACUUCAAAAGCAAACAAUUUCAUCUACUAGUAGGCCUACCGAGGGACAACAAAAGCAAAACAAGUGCAGCACAUGUAAUGUUUCUUUCGAUGACUCUAAGCUGUACAGGGAACAUCACAAGAGUGAAUGGCACAAACACAAUAUCAAGCGUAAGACAAGGCAACUCCCACCACUUACUGAGGAAGAGUGCAUGGCAGACAUGGAAUUGGGUGAUUCAAAAUCUGAUUUGAAGGAUUAUUCAUUUUAAGAUGAUGAUAAGUGAGUUGGUGUAAUCACUUUAUUGAAGUCUUGUGUGUAUACUUGGGUCAAUUUUGUCAGCAUAAUCUGUGUUAUGGUAUAAACUAUUCACAUGGAAAUCCUUAAGUAUGGUGCAAUACAAAUUGCAAAGACUAAUGCAUUUCAAUUUUCUUUGUCUGAGUAUUUUAAUGUACCAAGUAAGUGCAACUAAAGAUGGUUGUAUGCAGGAGGUUUGCUUCAUCGAGCGGUUGCUGUUUAAGGAAAUGAAGCAGAUUGUCUACUGUACUGUUUCUUAUCA